GCUGAGGCCAUGGUGUUGGUGCUGCGAGCCCUGCUGCCCUGCCUCUGCACCCUGCUCUCCCUGAACCUGCUGCCCUGGGUGGAACCUGCUGUGCCCCUGGAGGACUUCUACCCCUUUGGGCAGGACAAGGGGGACUCCCAGACCGUUGCUCAGGACGACGGGGGCUCCGGGUUCCUGGAGAUCUCUGUCGCUUUCCCUUUCUUUGGAGACAGGCACACGGGACUCUAUGUAAACAACAAUGGACUCGUGUCUUUCCUGAGGGAGGUGUCUCAGUUCACACCUGUAGCUUUUCCGAUCGCCGGAGACAGAAGAGCUGUGGCGCCGUUCUGGGCCGAUGUGGACAACCGUCGAGCCGGGACAGUCUUCUACAGACAGAGCCAGGAUCCGUCCAUCCUGAGCAGGGCCUCAGGGGACGUCAGGACGUACUUUUCAGAGCUCCCCAACUUCAACGCAACAUGGGUCCUCAUCUCCACGUGGCAUCAAGUUACUUUCUUUGGAGGCAACUCUAAUACUCCGGUAAAUACUUUCCAAGUGGUGCUCAUUACAGAUGGAGAGCUUUCCUUCACUAUAUUCCAGUACAAUAACAUCACUUGGACCACAGGCAUGCACGCCAGCAGCGGAGGAAACCUGGUGGGCCUGGGAGGGAUUGCAGCGCAGGCAGGUUUCAAUGCCGGUGAUGGCCAGCGUUACUUCAACAUCCCUGGCUCCCGCACCGCUGAUGUGGUGAACGUUGAAGGAACCACCAACGUGGGCUAUCCAGGCAGAUGGGUCUUCCGCAUAGACCACGCACACGUGGAAGUGGGUGGCUGCAAUAACUCCGCAUCGGUGUGCCCCCACCUGCGCCCUUGCCUGAACGGAGGCCAGUGCAUUGAUGACUGUAUUACAGGCAACCCCUCCUUCACUUGCUCCUGCUUGGCUGGCUUCACCGGCCGACGAUGCCAAAUCAAUGUUGAUGAGUGUGCCUCAGAUCCGUGCCAGAAUGGAGGGACUUGUAAAGACCAGAUUAACGGUUUCGUCUGUCAUUGUCCACCUGGAUACACUGGGAUUCACUGUGAAACAGACAUUGACGAGUGCAAAGACAGGCCAUGCCUCAACAACGCCUUGUGUGUACAAGGCACUGCAAGUUUCACCUGUGUGUGCGAGCGGGGUUACACUGGUGUCCUGUGUGAGACAGACAUAAACGAAUGUGAGUCCCAGCCCUGUCUGAAUGGAGGCGAGUGCAUUGAUCGGGUUGCAAACUUCACCUGUACGUGUCCUGCUACCUUCACUGGAACAUUCUGUGAGACAGAGCUGGUGGCACUUCAAGUCAAUUCAACUGAGGCAGUCAACCAAACAGCCUUGUGUGAAGAGGAAGACUGCAAGAAGAAUCAGAUUUGUGAAGACACCAGCUCGGGAGUCCGCAACUGCACAUGUGCACCAGGCUUCUAUGGCGACAAGUGUGAAGAGGAAUGUCUUUGCCAGAACGGGGGUGUCUGUGUGGACAUCAAUGGAACCUGUGAAUGCCCUUCAGGCUACACAGGACUCUACUGUCAGUUUGAAGUAACUCAGACACCGUGCAGUAAUAACAGACCGUGUCCUGAUGGAAGUCCGUGUUUGGAGUACGGCGGAUCCUACCUUUGCACGUGUCAGACUGGACCAGAGAUGGAUCACAGGGACUUCUACCCCUAUGUACAGCCCCGAUCGGUCUGCGACUCCUCUCCCUGUCUGAAUGGGGGCUAUUGCUACGAGCGGGAUGGAGGCUACACCUGCGAAUGCAAAUACGGAUACUGGGGGAAGCACUGUGAGAAAGUUAGGCUCAAUACCUGUGCUUCUGGUCCCUGCCGCAAUGGAGGCUCUUGUAAGGAAGAGGCGGGGAGCUACAGAUGUGUGUGUCCUUAUAGAUUCACUGGAAAACACUGCGAAGUGGGGAAACCAGACCCCUGUACUUCCAGCCCCUGUCUGAACGGUGGGACGUGUUUUCAUUACAUCGGAAAGUACAAAUGUGAAUGCACCGAGGCCUACAGCGGCAGGCACUGUGAAAUAAGCAGGAGCUCAAUACAUACAUCCGCAGAGCUGGGCUGUGGGCUGCCUCCGCAAGUCAAACACGCCGAAGUCCAGUUCUCCUCGACAACACCGGGCUCCGUGGCCGUGUAUAUAUGCCACUCAGGCUUCAUGUCUGUGCCUAGAGCCACCCAGAGCAUCUGUGGUAUUCAGGGAGACUGGAGCCAGCCGCCCGUUUGCGAGGAGAUUAAUGAGUGCUUAUCUCAGCCCUGCCUUAAUGGCGGUACAUGUCGGAACAAGAUCGGGUUGUACCAGUGCGUGUGCGGUGAUGGCUUCAGUGGAAGCCGCUGUCAGACAGACAUAAACGAAUGCCUGUCAGAACCCUGCCAGAACAGGGGGACAUGUGAGGACCAGCCCGGCUCCUACUUGUGUCAUUGUCCACACGGCUUCAGGGGCGAGAACUGCGAAAUAGAACAGGACGGGUGUGAGUCCAACCCCUGUCUGAACGGAGGCGUGUGUCGGGGUUUCAGACGGAAUUAUCUCUGUGUGUGCAAAGAGGGUUUCUUUGGGGAUCAGUGCCAAAUGCUGGAGGACCCGUGUGUGCUGAAACCUUGUGGGAACCGUGGUCGAUGCUGGAGUGACCGGAGAGGAAACUACAACUGCGUCUGCAAAAUAGGACUCACGGGCAAAGACUGUGAGAAAGACCUGUUGCCUCCGCCUGGUCUCCACGUGCUGCGUGUGGAGGAGAGUGAGGUGGAGCUGCGCUGGGAUCAGCGAGAGGCCUCGCACAGCCUGAUCAGCAUGUUCGCCGUCACUUACGCGCCGUUGGGCCAGAGCAACCUCAAAACUGACUACCUGGACAGGCAGCAGUCCACCCAUGUGAUGCGCGACCUGGUGCCUGGCCUCCUGUACAACAUCUCCACCGUCUCCAUCAAGCUCAAAACCAACGGCAACGACACGAGCCAGCCUGCCACUGCACUGAUACGCACCAGACCUCGGCCGGUGGAGCAGCUGCAGGUGGUUAAUGUGUCCUCCUCUCAAGUUUGGCUGAGUUGGAUGGUUCAGGCUGCUCGUCACGCAGCAGUCAGCAGGGUGCACGUGUCGUUAGCACCUUCGGAUGGGACUGAGACUCGCACUGCUGUGCUCAACGCGAGCACCACUGAGUACACCUUCAGAUCGUUACAGCCUGGUCAGAUGUACACAGUGGAUGUGUUGACUCAAAGUGGAAUCAGACCAGAUGAGUUUCCCUCCACCAGCCACUCAGUUGGACCACUGCGAUUCUGGACAAGGCCUCUUCCCCCACAGAACCUCACCCUGUCACAUGUGAGCCCCAACUCAGCCCUGAUCACCUGGAGCCGCCACCCUAGAAACAUCCCAGACGGCUUUGUGGUCAACGUGACCCGAGGGCUGAAUACCAGGAGCCGCUUCCUGUCCAAUGGGAAAUUAGCAUCAUACACCCUCCGUGAACUGACGCCGGGACAGCACUACUACGUGGCUCUCACGUCUGUCAAGAAAGCAGGGCAGGAGCAGAUCCACAGCACGCCGCAGCACUUAGCCUUCACCACCUUGCCAAUGCAGGGCAGACAAGGCAGGAGAGAGAGGCCUGUAGUUCCAGGAAAGGGGACUCCGGGAGGAAUCAAGCUUCUCCCAUCUCAGUCUCAAGACAGACCAGAGACACAAAAUUCUGAGGAACUGCCCAGGUACACAGAACUUAUUGACAAUAGGGGAAAGAUAACAACUAAGUUCACUCACAUGCCUCGUAAACCAAUUCGACAUCGUGCUAAACCUGACCCACCAAUUAGAUUAGAGAAAAUGGAGGAAACAACAAACAAAAUCAGCCUCGCACUAGAGAUUCAAGAGGAAGCUUUAAGAACAAACCCUGAGUUGCCCCAGGACUGCGGCAGUCUCUCCUGCCAGAACGGAGGUACAUGUGUGAAAGGAGGCGACUCAGCCAUCUGCGACUGCGCAGCAGGGUUCAAGGGCAGACACUGUGAACUGUCGUGCCAGCGAGUGCCACACCCGUGCACCCGCCUCUACUCUGAAACAAAGAGCGUGCCUGUGUGGGAGGGUGGAGUGUGCCACUACCUGUACAAAAGGACAUAUAAAGUACAGCAGGAUGUGUGUUAUCGAGAGAUCUGUGAACCGACGCCUCCCAAGAAAACCAGAAGAACAAACAGACAACAAUAAAGCAUCUGGGCACUGAUGAAAGGACUGUCGUCGCUGUCAUGUGAAAAACCUCCCAGCUUCAAUUUUGGUGUUUAUAAUCUACUUGAAGUAACUGAUUAUUUUUGUGCUGAAAACCCCUGUCAGAGCCCACUGAAAUGUUUCUGAUCAAAUCAUCGUCCAUCUGAAAUAUAAGGCUGCGUUUGUGUCCUACGUCCUCACAGCUGUGCAUGUGGCUCCAUGCAGCACGAAAGGGCCAUCAAUCAAGAUGAAAAAUGGCCCUUGUCGUUUGCAAUUUGUUUUAAUGCUUGCAGGUCGAUUUUUCAACGCGCAUGAACCAUUUAUGGUAAGCGGUCAACGGCACUGCAUCACAGACCUUAUAUACCUCAUGUCCACGUCCGUGCUGACACAUUAGGAGAGGUUUUUAUUUGUGAUUCAGCUGCAGGUUUGUCCCUCAGGGAAGUUAACUGUAGAUUCCCAAUCUUUACCUUAUUGCAGCCCUACGAUCUCCUAAUUAAGACGACUGGAAAAUAUAGAUGUUCACCACACUCCCAUAAACACGUCUCUUUGUCUGACAAUGGUGUGCAGGGUUUUCUGUGUAAAAUAUCUUUCCCUUUGUCUUAGCAGGCAUUACUGCUCGCUACUCUGUACAUAGUGUUUAUAGGCCAUUUUGUAGGUGAAUAUUUUAAUAAUAAAAAUGUUAAAAU